AUGUCUUCGUACCCAGAGACUAGAAGCGGUGCUCGUCCAUGGACCGUGCCGCACCGGCCGAUGUCUUUCACACAAAUCAGCGACCAACUUUCUAUGAAUGAUAACGUAGUUCAAGGAAGUCCUAUCGAAGAACAACCUGCAUCCAACUCGCCGUCAGGGUCAGAACCUGAAGCCGACACUGCCCUUCAAAGAACACCAUCAACCGUAGAGAUUACACAACGCAGAUGUCUUUGUAACCUUCACCUUAAGUUCGAAAUGAAGAUAAACGAAAUCAAAGUUAAAUAUUUCCGCUGCCGAAAUGAAAGUCGCAAGGCGUGGGAAAAAGAAAAAACAACAAUCAUUGACAACUAUAACAACGCUCCAUGCUGGGCACUUUUUCGGUUUUCUCCCCGGCGCAAAAUCGACGCGAUCAACCGGAAGCAAGAAAAUGGCAUGAGAUUCUUUGCAGAGGCCGAGAGAAUCGAACGUGGGCCCGUGGAAAGAAGAUUUGAGGAUCGUGAGCAGCUCUACAUUCACUGCUUUAGGAGAGUGUGGAAGGAGUCGUACCCUUCGACGCCAUUUUGGUAUGACGAAGCAUCAUCAAAGUCGAAUGCACUGGGCAUACCUGUCACAACAUUGUAUCAACCGAUGUAUUAG